AUGAAAAAACAAGGUUUACUAAUCACCAAAAUGCAACAAUAUCCACAACUCCUUCGAAGACCCUUACCUCCCAAACUCCCUAAGCUGCCUUUAUAUAAAAAGAAAAUCCAUACAGCUAAGACUCGGGAAAUUGAGCCACUCCAUGUAAAGUUCACUCAAGGUGAAACCACUCCAGUUAAAAAAAAAACUAAUUUACCUGAUGUUUCUGCAGAAGAACAAUCACAAGCACCUAUCAACAUCCAAACCAUCUCUUUGGAUCAUAAUGUACAAGAAAGAGUCACUGAAAUUUCAACAUCCCAAAAAUCUACUAAAGAUGUUAGAUCCUUAUUUAUUCCAAGUUAUGUUUUACUUUCAGCUCGAAUUUUCAAGAAAAAUAUAGGAAAAAUUAAAAAAAGUUCAGAAAAGUCCACAACUAAACUACCCAAAGUAGAAGAUAUUUUUAUGGAUAAAAAAUUAGAAGAUAUUUUAAUUCUUUCUUCAAAGUUCUCUCAAUCAAGCAUUCCUCUCUUGGAUUCCAAACACUCGCAUCAUCAUUUUCCAAGAAGUUCAGAAUCCACUACAAGAAGUGCAGUAUUUCCAAGGCGUCUAGCCAGUGCCUCAAGCAAGGUUGCAACCCUUAGUAAAGUGAUGCUAAGCAUUACUCAGUUUCCAAGUAACAUUGUUCUACCAACACCGAUUUUACCAAGAAAACCUCAAAAACAAUCUCUCAUAGAAAAUCUUGCAUUAGAAAGUGGAAAGAAAGAAAGUGUUCCAAGGCUACUUGAAGGUGGUUCUAGAUAUAAAAGAACAGAAUCAGAGAACAUUUUACGUGGUGAAGGUUUUAAGACUGUUGAGGCAACACAAUACGAAACAAUAGUAGCAAUGGCCAACAUGGCUGUAGUAAUUUGCCAAGUACAUGGAAGAAAUGCACUUAACCUUAAGGGAUUUUUUCUCCUGCACUGUCCAGACUUGUCAUCUUUGGCUUUCCAAUUGAUAUAUCUUAAUUUAUCAUAUAAUGACUUCCGUCAAUUUCCCUUAGAAAUACUUUGUCUUAAAAAUUUACAAAUACUGAAAAUGAGAAAUAAUCCCAUCAAAGAAAUUCCUUCUGAAAUCCAGUACCUUAAGUACCUCCGAAUUUUCAGCAUUGCUUUUAAUUAUAUUCAUGUUCUUCCAUAUGGGUUAUUUUCCUUGGCCUAUCUUGAGGAACUUGAUGUUUCCUACAAUGAAAUUACUUCUAUUCCGAAUGAAAUCCAGAGACUCAGAUCACUUGACAAACUGAUUAUUGAUGGGAAUUACUUGUUUUUUCUUCCACCUGGAAUUUUGAAGCUUAACCUGACAAAAAUCCAGUUUGAGAAUACUUUCACUCAUCGUAGUUUUUGGCCAGAGAAUUCUCUGAAUAGUCCCCAGCGACUUACUCACAUAUGUGCUUUGUUCAUUGUCAAAAAUGACCUACUUAGUCCUUACGAUGAGAUCCCACUCAAAGUUCAAAGGUUACUGGUCUGCACAUCCAGGUGUGAAUGGUGUCUUGGUCCCAAGUAUGGUGAAGGUUUUCGUAUCAUCCAAUCCUACAAUAUUUUUGGAGCAGCAGAGCUUCCUGUCAUGUUUCAUGUCUGUUCUCUUUCCUGUUAUCGGAAAAUAAAGGAAAGCGGUUUUCUAGAGCUUCAGGCUCAGGCAUGUGAUCCAGAGAAGCUGAGAGCGACAGACAGACGCAGUGACGCGAAGCACGUGGGUCUGCGUGCGGGAGAAUUAGUUUCAGCCCCACUGCGCUUUUUCUCCUCUCAACAUAAACUCAAGGCCAGUGGUCGUCAUGGCUCCGUGGCACCUCGGGUCACUCGUCCCUCUACCCUUUUCUGGCACACCGCAGAAGGACUGUGCUUUCUGAAAAGAAUACGGCUCUACCUAAAAGUGGUGAUCGAGUGA